AUGCAUUCUUUUUCUCCUGGGAAAGCACCUAUUGUAAAAGGUGAUAAGUUUUCUAAGUCUCAAUGCCCUCAGGAUGAUAAUGAGAGGACUCAAAUGCAAAUGGUUCCCUAUUCAUCAGUUGUGGAUAGUUUGAUGUAUGCUCAAGUAUGUACACAACCUGAUAUUGCUUAUGUUGUUGGUAGAUAUUUGAGUGAUCCUGGUUUGGCUCAUUGGAAAGCUACAAAGAAAGUACUUAGGUACUUGCAAGGCACUAAAGAUCUAGUGCUCACAUAUUGGCGAUCUGACAUUCUUGAUAUAGUUGGAUAUUCUAAUGCCAAUUUUGCAGGUUGUUUAGAUGAUAGGAAAUCCACUUCUAGUUGUGUUUUUAUGAUGGCAGAAGGAGAUGUUUCUUGGAAAAGUGUCAAACAGGCACUUGCAGCUUCCUCUACAAUGGAGGCAGAGAACUCUAAAACUCAAUGGAAAAUCCAUCACAAGUAUUUGGAGAUUCUUAUUGCAAGCAGAGAUGCAAAUUCCUCCAUCUCAAAGUUGAAUAAGAAAAGACUACAGUGA